UGGAGGUCUGUGAGAGGCUUCCAGUCUGAGAGGAGGGAGCAGCAGAGACGCUUCCUGCUGCUUUAACUCAUGAAUCCCACAGAUUCAUUUGGGGGAUCGAGGAUGGUACAUUUCCCGAAGUGGCCUGAAUGAGAUUGAAAUGAUGCACCAUGGGGACGUUGGCCAGUCACUGCUUUGUGUGGAUGCUGCUCAGGGGAACCUUUUGUCUGUUGGUUCUUGGGCAGCAGCUUCAGACCGACUUCCCCUCCAGCAGAGACCGUCCUCCACCUCAGAAGAAGAAGUGGCUGAUUCAGAAUCCCAAACUGCCCCUCAAUCCCUUCGGCCCCCUUUCGAAGGAGGAGGUUUGGACAAUCCUCAGUGGGAACCCCGACCCGUCCCUUAAGAUAAAGCUCCAGCCCCUCAUGAAGGCUGGUGGGUCGUCCAGGACGUUCAUCUGGGGCGACUUCUACUCCAACGUCAAGACAGUCAAGCUCAACCUGCUCAUAAUGGGGAAGGUCGUGGACCACGGGAACGGCUCGCUUGGCGUCUACUUCCGCCACAACUCCACGGGGGUGGGUAACGUGUCCGUCAGCCUGGUCCCGCCGACCAGAGAGGUGGAGUUCGACCUGGAGCGCCAGAGCGUGCUCACGCCCAAGGACUCCAAGACGUUCAACUGCAGGGUGGACCACGAGAAGACGGAGCGCAGCAAAAAGGUAAUGCUAUGCAACUACGACCCGUCCAAGACCUGCACCCUGGAGCAAACCCAGACCCACGUCACCUGGAUGUGCUCCAGACCUUUCCGGGUCAUCUGCAUUUACGUGUCCUUCUACAGCACCGACUACAGGCUGGUCCAGAAAGUCUGUCCGGACUACAGCCCCCGGAGUCUGGGCCUCAAACCUAUGGGUUAAACACUUUAACUGAUAGGUCUGUUUUAGGGGACGUUAGGGGACAGACUGAACUAUUCUGGGUUUCUCUUCUGGAUCUCAGUGGGACCCUCUGGUGGUUCAGCUUGGGCUCCUGGAUCUUAUGUUUGACGUUCUUCUUCUAAAAUAAUGCAGAGGUCUUCAACAUUUUUCAGGCCAAGGACCCAAACUGAUGGA